UCAUCUCUACUUCCGGCUUGAUGUGUAGACAGACGUGUACGUUUGUGUAGACAGAAACCGACAUAAACAUGCCUGGGAUGCAAUUUGAAUACGAUGAGGAAGGAGGAACCUUCUUCUAUUUUUUGUUUUCUCUAUGGGGACUCGUUCUUAUUCCCGCCACGUAUUAUUUUUGGCCCAGGAAAUCUGUAGACGAUGAUAAAGAUAAGAAGAAGAGAGAGUGUAAUUGUGAUCCUUGUGUCAUAAAACGGCAUCAAUUAAAAUCCAGCACAAAAUGGAACAGAAUGAAAGAGAAAGUUUUGAAAGUGGUAUUUAUAAUAGCUUGGAUAAUAUUUGCCCUACUGGCCUACAAAGUUUCCCAGAUCCAUAUAGAAUACCAGGAAUAUGAUCCAUAUGCUGAACUGGGACUGGAUGUUGGAGCAACAAAAGAGGAAAUUAAGAAGGCUUACAAAAAACUAAGUUUGAAAUACCAUCCAGACAAACCUACAGGGGACCAUAAAAAGUUCAUGAAAAUUGCCAAAGCCUACACAGCAUUGACAGAUGAAGAAACGAGGAAAAUUUGGGAGGAGAGUGGUGAUCCAGAUGGUCCAGGAGUCACCAGAUUUGGUAUAGCUUUGCCCAAGUGGAUUGUGGAGAAACAGAAUUCUAUGUGGGUCCUGUUGGUUUAUGGUCUGCUAUUCAUGGUCCUCCUGCCUGUUGUUGUGGGUGUUUGGUGGUACCGUUCUAUCAAGUUCUCUAAGGACCAGGUUCUGUUAGACACCACGAGAUUGUACUACUAUUUCUUCCAGAAAAACCCCAACAUGAUUCUUAAAAGAGUGAUAAUGGUGUUAGCUGGAUCCUUUGAAUUUGACAAAUUCCACAAUGCCGAGAUUGUAGAGAGACCAAGUGAUAAUGAGGAGGUCCCUAUGCUGAUCAAACGCUUGCCAAACCUGGAUGAGAAGAACAAGGAGAAGCCCCUGUGUUAUCCUUACAGUGUCAAGGCCAGGGCUCUCCUACACGCCCACUUCCAGAGGCUGGACCUUCCCCCGGACACGCUAGCUAUUGACCAAGCAUAUGUAGUGAAGAAGUGUCCAUAUCUGAUUAAUGAAAUGAUAAAUGUUAUCGCACAGCUGGUGGCAGGAGCUCACAGAAACGCUGUUCAGUACAUGCCUCGACUAGAAACGGUGGAAAACUGUAUGAAGCUAUCCCAGAUGUUGAUACAGGCAGUGGACGUACGAACCAGUCCUCUAUUACAGCUACCACAUCUAACACAGGACAUGCUGAAACAUUUCACCACUAAAAAGAGGCACAUCCAGAGGAUCCGCGACUUGAUCGGGAUGAAGGAGGAAGAUCGACGCUCACUUCUUCGUCACAUGACAUCUGACGAGUAUCGUGACAUAAUUAAUGUGUGUGCCACACUGCCACAUGUCAAGAUGGAGGUCCACUCCACAGUACUUGAUGAUGAAGAUACAUCAAUAACAGCGGGCUCUAUCGUGACGGUCAAUGUUAGCCUGACCAGAGAGAUGAUGGAGGUGUUGUUUGAUAAGGAGGAUCUGUCUCAUGUCGACGAGGAACGUGACAAUCUAGCCAUUGCUAACGAGGAAACGGAAUCCAAUAAAGACCAGCAGGAAAAUGAGACAGAGGAGAAUGUAGAAGCAAAAGAGAAGGCUCCUAUCUGGCAUAAACAGAAAAAACAACCAAAGAAAAAGGGAGGUAAUCAAAAGAAUAAAAAAGUCAAACAGGCGUACAACUGGAAAGCUGCCGCAGCAACAAAUGCCACAGCAAACGACAAGAAGGAGGGCAAGGGGGAGUCAGAAAAACAGGGUAAUGAGGUUGCAGUGAAGGAUGACGAAGAAGACAGAGAAGAGAAUGACAAUGACUCUGAGAGGGCAGAAACAGACGAGGAAACAAAUGCCUCAGAUGGUGAGGACCGAACUAUGGAAAAGUCAGAGUCCUCAAAAGGACAUGAGGAGGAUGAGGAGCAGUGGAGGAAAUAUCAGGAGGAGGCCAAGAAAGAACAACAGCUGGACACAAAGAUCAAGGAGAGUCAUCCUGUCCACUGUCCAUAUUACGGAGAGGAGAAGCAGGAGGGAUGGUGGUUGUAUGUAUGUGAUAAGAAAUCUCACAUGUUGAUUACAGCCCCAGUCCAGAUCCUGACACUCAAAGACACAGAGGAGAUGACGCUCAAGUUCUCUGCCCCUCACAAGCCUGGGUUGUAUACCUACACAGUGGUGCUACGAUCAGAUUGUUAUGUUGAUUUCGAUCAAUCCAAGAAUAUCAGGCUGGACGUGAAGGAAGCCAAGGUGAUAGAUGACCAUCCUCAGUGGGACUUUGUUGAUGAUGAAGAAGACAAGGACAAAGAUGACGAAACUGACUCGGAUUACUCCACGGAUUUUGAUGAAUCCGAUGAUGAUUGAACACCUACUCAUCAUUAGGA